AUAUUAAUAUAGCUCACAAAACUGGAUAAUGUACACAAAAAAUGAGAGGUUCAAACAAAGAAACAAAACCCAUCCAAUUGUAAAUAGAAACAUACAAAAUUAAGCCGCCAUUCCAUCCCCAUAUUGGAAAAAAAAUGAUGAUAGCCCUCAAAUCCAUUCAAGCUUCCUUUACACACAGUAGUAACCAUGUUUUUUUCCAAACCAGAAGAAUUACAACAUACACAAAGAACCCCAUACUGUGUCUCAGCAAAUCGAAUGAUUCUGAGUCGGAUUCCGACCCCGAACCGGAAGGUGACACUCGUAAACAAGACCUGCUUGCUCAAAUAGCUAUGUUGCAGGCUCAAAAGGUUCGUCUAACGGAUUAUUUAGACGAAAGAUCAGCUUAUCUCACACAAUUUGCUGAAGAAGCUAAUGCUGAGUUUGAUAAAGUUGGUGAAGAUGCUCUUAAAGGACUUGAAGAAGCUAGUGAAAGGAUAAUGGAGAACAUUGAGAGUCAAAUGCAAGCUUUUGAAGAAUCACAAGAAUUUAACAGGCAAGAGCUUGAGAUGAAUGAAGAUCAAUUAGCAGAAUUUGAAGGUCAAAUGGAGAAAGAAAGGAAUGAAGGUUUGUUCUUUAAGAACUUGACAGAGAAAAAGCCUAUAGACAAAGCAAAAGCAAUGGAGGAAGCUGAGAAAGUUAAGGAGGUUACUAAAGAAAAAGUUGGGUCAAAAGCAAGGAGGAAUCUUUACCUUGCUUUAAUCACGGUGCUUGCCAUUGGGAUUGCGGACUCGUUGGUCACUGGAUCGGAUUGGCGAAAAGUUGCAGUUCUUGGAGCUAUUUUAGUUGCUUUGUUUUCCCAGUUUAUCUAUGAACAGACAGUGUUAUCAGAAGAGGAAAAAACAGAAAAGAAUGAUGAAAACAAGUAAAGGCUCUUCUUAUUAUAUCUAAUCUAACAAA